AUGGCGAAAAGAAGCGACAGGGGACAGAGUUCUAGACUUAAAUUUGACACGUGCUUUGGUCGAUACAUUUAUGUUCAUGAUCUUCCAAGUAGAUUCAAUGUUGACAUUCUAAAGAAUUGCUCCUCCAUUGCUAAAUGGUACAACAUUUGUGAAUACUUGUCGAAUUUUGGUCUAGGCCCCGAAACAAAAGAUUCUGGGAAGAUUCUCCAGAAGAGGAGCUGGUACGCGACGGAUCAGUUCAUGUUAGAAGUUAUUUUUCAUAACAGGAUGAAAAAGUACAAGUGCUUGACAAAUGACUCAACUUUGGCUUCUGCAAUUUUUGUACCGUUUUACCCUGGCCUAGACGUGGGACGAUACUUAUGGGAUGAUGCAGGUUUUGACAGAGAUUUUAAUUCUGUUGAAUUGGUGAAAUGGUUGACGGAGAAAACAGAAUGGAAAAGGCUGCAGGGUCAAGAUCAUUUUUUUGUUACUGGGAGAAUUACAUGGGAUUUUCGGAGACGUACUGACACUCAAUCAGAUUGGGGGAAUAAGCUGCUGGUAUUGCCCGAGACCAAGAACAUGACAAUUCUUGGGAUUGAGUCGAGUCCGUGGACCACUAAUGAGUUUGCGAUACCAUAUCCUACUAAUUUCCAUCCUAGACGCGAUCUAGAGGUAUUCCAAUGGCAAAAAAAGAUAAAAAAUAUUACAAGGCCAUACCUGUUUUCUUUUGUCGGUGCUCCAAGGCCUAAAUCUGAAAAUUCCAUUCGGAGUAUAAUUAUCAAGCAAUGUAUAGCUUCGAAGAGACACUGCAAAUUCUACAAUUGCAAUGUCAGAAGUUGCAAUAAUCCUGUUAAUGCUAUGAGUAUGCUACAAAGGUCCAACUUUUGUUUGCAGCCAUCUGGAGAUUCUUAUACGCGUAGAUCAAUAUUUGACUCGAUCCUAGCAGGGUGCAUUCCAGUGUUCUUCCAUCCAGGGUCGGCUUAUAUUCAGUACAUAUGGUAUUUACCAAAGAACUACACAAAGUAUUCAGUGUUUAUACCGGAGAAGACAUUAAGAGACGAGACAAAAAGUAUUGAGACGAUACUGAAAGCCAUAUCAGAUAACCAGGUGAGGAGCAUGAGGGAAGAGGUCAUAGGGUUGAUUCCACGCGUAAUUUAUGCAGAUCCUCGGUCCAGUUUAGAGACCCUUGAAGAUGCAUUUGAUACAGCAUUGAGGGGAGUUAUUGAGAGAGUAGACAGAAUCAAAAAAAUAACGAAGGAUGGAAGUAAUGCUAGUGUUGAGUUUCUGGAAGACAAGCAAAGGAUAGAAAAACAAUGGGAUGAGAUGUUCAGGCAAUAGGCAGAUGUGAAGUUUUCUGUCCAUUGAGUGGAAAAACAAGAACAUUCUUUCUAUAUGCAGCACUGCCAGGUAAAGAUUUUGUGCAACUAACAGUUAUCACAAUCAUUUUAUAAUAUGAUCAACCUCUGUAUCAUCAGAUUUUUCAUCUCCAUCAAUUUUGUAUUGAUCUAGAUCUCCAGCUUAUCACUGUUGUCUAGUUUUCUUAAGAAUUUUUGAA